AUGAGUGACCAGAAUGAGGAACAGAAACAGAAACCCUUCGACUCACCAUUCGCCGCACACAAUGACCCCAUGUUCAGGGCGCCAUCUUAUCCUUGGAUGGCCCAUCUCCCACCUGUGCCACCUGAUCGCUUUCCUGUCUUUGAAGGUUACGUACCGAAUUCUGUUUCUACGAUUCCUGCGGAAGCGUCAGCGCAACCAGGAGGGCCACAGUAUCAUGUCUUUCCUGCCCAGCCAACACCACAACCAAGAGGGCCACAGUAUCAUCUCUUUCCUGCCCAGCCAGCACCACAACCAGGAGGCCCAUAUUACCAUGCAUAUCCUCCACCGCCAGCACUCCUGACGCCUCUGCAAAACAAUGGACAAUAUCCUCAGGAAAUCCGACCUCAACAUCAAUAUGCUGCUCCGGGUGCUCCUGUGGGUCCAUUCCUGCCUCCUCCACCAGGACCGGAUGUGCAGUUCAACUACUCUCCUUACCAUUCCGAGAGAUUCAGUCAGCUUCCACGUGGACAGCAGGCCGAUGCGCAGUUGAACCAAUUACCACCGACACAACCAUUAGACGGACACUCGGACCCCGUACAUUUUCCUCCGGAGAAGCUGGAUCAACUUCAUAUCCAGCAAGAAAGUCGACGUGUCCUCAAGGCCAACGCUACGGCCCGUACUCGCCAGCAAGACGUGGAGGCUUCUGCUGGCGAAGAUGAACUAUCCAUGGACGACGCUGAAGACCCUGAGCGCCCGCCAGACGCGCCAGAAGACGCUGCCUCCACCAGCGGCAGGUCUCGGAAACGCGCUGCGGCAACGCUGUCUGGGGCUGAAAAGCCUACUACAAAACGACGUAAGAAGGGUCCAGGCACUCGUGGCGGCUGGAGUAAAGGCCUGAAGAUUGGUCCCCGAAAGGCCGUUGAACCCGGUGUGGAAUUCACUGAACUUCAUAAAAAGGCCAUGAAUGCCUUCAUUGACGACCAAGAUACCGACAAGGCGCUUGAACUAAUAUUGCAGGCCAUUGCAGUCAAUCCCGAGAUCUACGCCGCCCAUGCUCUUCUCUCCGAGAUAUAUUUCGCCAAGGAUGAAAACGAAAAAGCAAUCGCCGCUCUCUUCAGUGGUGCUCACAGUGCUCCAAGAGAUGCUGAAGUGUGGCAUCAGGUGGCGAGCGCAUGCGUACAACGCUCCACAGGAGAUCGCCAGACUGCCUUACAGCAAGCGAGUUACUGCUAUGCCCGGAUCAUACACAACGACGGCAAGGACUUUGACGCCCGUCUCCAGCGCGCUGCUGUACAAAGAGAGCUUGGGAACUACACCAAAGCAAUGAAGGAUCUAGAAUUCAUCCGGGAACAUAUGCCACGCAACUCUAAUGUCUUGAGGCAGAUCGCCGAAGUUUGCAUCGACACUCGAGAUCUUGACAGAGCUAAAUCAUUGUACGAAGAGGCACUCUCGUACUACCGGGAAACGGGUUUGCAGGAUGAAGAGUCCUUCACUUGGGCUGACGUUCUGGUCUACGCUCAGCUCCUCGCUCAGGAAGAGCCUCCCGAUGUGGCCUUGUCAAAUGCUAUCAGCACUCUGAAACGACUGUCUCGAUGGCUGCUCGGGCGAGAUGAUGAGACCUACUGGGACGAAUACUCGGACGAUGACAGGGAAUGGGACUCUGAAGACGACCCACGAAGAACCAUUGUUGAUCAAUUCGUUCCUGGCAAACAUCCGCCCGAUGCCUACGGCUCCGGACUACCAUUGGAGCUUCGAGUCCGACUUGGUGUCUUCCGCCUGAGGCAAGGUCAAGAUAUGCUGGAAGAAGCUUUAGCACACUUUGAGUGGCUGGAACCGGAAGCCAGAGAUGAGGACGCGAACGUCUACGAGUAUCCGGAUUUGUUCUUGGAAGCCGCUCAGGCGCUGAACGAGGCUAAAGAACAUAAUCAAGCACUCAGAUACUUCGAAGCUUUGAAAGAUCUCAACGCCUACUCUGACGUGGAUUUCUGGUUGGGCGUUGCUUCUAACUCCUACAUCUGUGGCAAUAAGAUGCAAGCUAUCGAAUGCUACGAGGAAGCCAAAGCAGCUGACGAAAACUGUAUUGAAGCCAGAACUCAGUUGUCGAAGCUGUACGCCGACCUGGGAGAAAAGGAAAAUGCGAUGGAAAACGCCCGAGAAGCGGUCCGUCUUGCCGAUAACUCGAUCCGCAAAACCGAACGGCGAAAAUACGAGCGCAAGGAUCAACGUAUUGCUCGAGAGGAGGCGGAAAGGGCGCUCAAACAGGCCUAUAAGCUCCCGGGCCCUUCUAGUGGCGGUGCGCCGGUCACCAGGAUUGAGGCGCGCCUUGAAGGGACGCGAAGGAAACAGUCAAAGAAGCAGAAGGAAGCACGGAAGGAGCAAAAGAAAGGGGCACAAACGGAUGUACAAGGACAGGAGGACGAGACCGUACAGGCGGCGGACACAGACAAGGAUCCUAAAGGCGCUCGAAAGAAGGAACGUCAGACCCUGCAAACCAGGUCCAAGCCGGGUCCCAAACCCAAACGCAUGACAGCAGAAGAUAAGGAGGCCCACAGAACUGAGAACAUCAAUCGACUCUACAGGGACCUGGUCGCCAGCACAGAGGCUAUGAGGGAAGGCGACGAAAUCGCACGCAAUACUUGGAUGGAUUGUGCCGAGUCUCUCACCACUGAUUUCCGGAGUAACCGAGUUUUCUACCCUGCCGAACGACACGUGGCUUUCACGGGAUACGAUCGUGAAUCUCGCACUGCCAACUCCCGCAAGAAGUGGGAGAAGGAUCUAGGGCAGGUUCAACAUGAAGGUAGCACCGACCAGGACUUCCCCCUUCCGUCUGUCGAGUCGUCCGUUCCGACCGAGUACCGCGAGAUUUCUUUCUCAGAUUGGCUGGACAUAUUUCUCGAAUAUGCUUUGCUCCUGGCCAACUCUACGGAACCCGGAUCCCAACAUCGAUGCUACACUAUAAUCACAGCGGCUCUUGAUUGUGCAGUCUGGCACCAUGAUCCCCAGGCGGUCCUUCAGAUCUAUAUUACCUACUUCACCUGUGCCCUCGCCCUUCGUGAUGCACACACCUUGUUCAAUGUUGCUCUGCGGUGGUUUAUGCGCAAAUUCCGGUUCUGUACGGAUGCAUAUCGACUUUUCGCCGGGCUGAAUCUUUUCUAUCCCCACGCUCAUGAAAAAGGGGGAAAGGAUGUUCAGAUGGCUAAUGCAGCCUUCCGGACCGGGCCAUCGCAGAAAUUCAUGUUCCGGCAGGUCAUGACCUUGGACAUGAAUCUGCCUCAGGACUACAAUCCAGAGAGUUACGGUCCAGUGCCAGACUUUAUGCGGCACAGCCGCGCCCAGCUUCAGAAGGAGGAUGCCGAGGAUGACUUGUUUUCCAACGCGAACGGGGAGGUCAUCACGCCAAAGGAGAUGGAUGUUGUGCUCCUCACCAUCUACGGACAUAUUCUCUACGCUGGCGGAAGCUUUGCCAAUGGUCUGUCCUACUUCUUCCGCGCACGUUCACUCGAUCCCAAGAAUCCCGUGGUCCUACUGAGCAUUGCUCUCAGCUACAUGCACGAGCUGCUUAAACGACAAAACGACAACCGACAUAUGUAUUUUCUGCAGGGCUGGGCGUUUUUCGAAGAAUACGCCGAUGCGAGGCGCGACUGGGCAAAGGCCAAAUAUGAUCCAGACACUGACGCCCUCAUCGAACGGGAGAUCGAGUUCAAUCGUGCCAGAUGUUGGCAUAUGAUGGGCAUGUCUGACCUGGCCGUGAGAGCAUAUGCAAAAGUGCUUUCCUGCGCCGCUCCUCAAGGGCAUGCAGACGAAGCCAAGUAUGCGGAUUACACCAUGGACGCAGCAUAUGCCAUUCAGACCAUGUAUGCAUUGAGUGGAAAUCCAGCCAUGGCCAGAGUCAUCACCGAAAAAUAUCUGGUAGUUUGA